AUGAAACGCAAGAAGGAACAUGAGAAGGACAAGUUCCCUCUUGAACAUGUUCCGGUGAAGUUUCUGAAGAAGCCACACCAAAAGAAAUUCCUCCGUAGGUUGGAACGCAAAGAGGAGAACCAUGGAGCGACGAGAGGCCAAAUGUGGUCUUCCAUCAUCCGAACCCAAGGCUUUAUCGAUUCUUACUACGCUAUGUCCUCUGCGACGCGACCUCGGUUUAUAGUCGCUUUAAGCAGCAGUUCAUACGUCAAGGAUCAUGCCAAGCGUCUGUUCAUCUUCUCGGGAGAGGAAUGCUCGUCUUCUUCUUCUUACGUUUCUGCCAAUCUCGACAUGACAAUACCUUCCUUGAGAUUGGCCCACGGCUACACGUGUCCUUCCGUCCAUGGCUUUGUCAGUUGUUGUCAUGGUUUACAGUUCACUAUAUCAUUGAUCCCCGUGGCUUGUGAAUAUGGUUACGAUGGUUUUAUAAUAAUAAGACUUGGAGGAGGAGGAGGAGGAGGAGCUCAAUCUCGCAGUGCGGUAACCUCCCCGCCUUAUCGGCCUCUAAGCAAGGGACUAUGCAUCGAUGGUUUCUUGUAUUAUGGCGCAGUGACUCAAAGCGAAACUCCGGUGAUUAUGUGUUUUGAUGUUAGGAAUGAGAAUAUCAGUUUUAUCACAACCCCUAAGGAUGUCCUGCAUUUGGAUAGAAAUUCAGUAUUGAUAGAAUACAAAGGGAAGUUAGCUGCCAUUGUAGGACACUGCCUUCCUUUUAACUUCCGCGGUUUUGAUUUGUGGAUACUAGAGGAUGUCAAGAAACAUGAAUGGUCUAAGCAAACAUUUGAGCUUCCUUACUGUUUGCUGGAUAUGACUUCCCCGGGCACUAACAAGGCUGGUGAAAUCAUUUUUGCUCCAUUAAAACUGUCACUUGAUAAUCUCCGACCUUUCUUCUACAUUGUCGUCUACAAUGUAGCAAGAAAAGACGUCAGACGAGUUCGUAUCCAGGGUUUUGCAGACGAUGAAGGUUUUAGGCGUCAUUAUGGGCUCGUAGGCUUUUGUAAUGUCUCAGUCUCACCCCAACACGUUCAGAGUAUUGCAUCUUUAUAA